GAAGAAGGUAUCAACAUGCAUCGUGAUGGUUUGGAUUAAGUCAUGGACGUUGCUGUCAUGUGCUCGUCCGGGUCAGCUCCUCUUGAGGACUCAUCGGACAUGUCGGGGACAGGCAGCGUCCUGGUCUCUGUCUCUGAGCAGUAUCAAACCAUCCCGCUGCCGGAGUCUCACGCACACUUUCCUGGACAGCCAUACUCCGUGUCCGUGCUGAAGGUGGGAUACUGUCUUCCUCAGCCCGACGGGACAUUCAGAGCCGACGGGACUAUCACCCUCAUAACGGGACCCAAGACAAUUCUGGUGGACACGGGAGGACCAUGGGACCGGGACUUUCUCCUCAUGUCGCUGAAAGAGAGGGGUCUGGAACCGGGAGACAUUAACUUGGUUGUAGGGACUCACGGCCAUUCAGACCACAUUGGAAAUCUGGGACUUUUCCCAACAGCUCUCACGAUUGUAGGGUAUGACAUCAGCGAGGGGGACACGUACCGUCCCAACAGGCUGGCACAGGGACAUGCUUACACUGUUGAUGAACAUAUAAAUGUAGUUCCAAGUCCAGGCCACACAGGACAAGAUGUCAGUGUUCAGGUGAAGGGAACCUCAGCAGGCACUGUGCUUGUUGCAGGGGAUUUAUUUGAGUGCUUCUCAGACGGGGACAGCUGGCGGGAUCUCAGUCUGAACACUGCAGUACAGGAGGUCAGCCGCCAAAGGGCGUUACGCACUGCUGAUGUCAUCGUACCAGGACAUGGACCCCCAUUCAGAGUUCUCAGGAACCAAUGAACCAAGCCUAAUGACCUCAGCUCUGGAUUAUAUAAGAAAGUGACAUCAUAACAUUAGGGGGAGUUAUACAACUGAAAUGGAUCUGCUAGACAUAGGCACUGUGUGAACAAACAUGUUGACAGCUGUAAACAACAGGUGUGCAUGCACCAAAGAUUCUUUAAGGACACAUUUGAGAUCCAAUCACACAGACCACAUUUGGAGGAGCCUGGGAUGCGUGUGGCCACAUUCUUUUGUUUGUGUAAACCCUGACCCUCUACAGUUUUAUUAAGAGCCCAAAGCUUUUACAACUCAUUUUUCCCCAUAAUAAUAUUUCCCACAAUAUUGACACUGAAUGAUAUAUAUAUAUAUAUGACUUGCUGACUUGAAUGACAAUCGCAAGUCAUUCAAGUCAGCUGUUAAUGACAGCGUAAAAUAAAACUUCUAAAACCAAAUGUCCUGGGAAAUGCACACUCUGAUUAAUCAGAGUGGAAACAACAACCUAAAACAACAGAAUGAUGUGUUUUUUUUUAAGUCUAAUUCUACUCAAUUCUCCAUCUACUAACAUGGUGGAGGUGUUUUUACCUAUAUUGCAGCCAGCCACCAGGGGGCAAGAAAGAUGCAAAAGACACAAAAGGUGGGCACUGAAAUUUCACCCCAGGCUUCCUGAAGCACCUCCCACAAGUUGGAUUGGCUUGAUGGGCACUUCUUGCAUACCAUACAGUCAAGUUGCUCCCAUAACAGCUCAAGGGGUUGAGAUUUGGUGACUGUGCUGGCCACAUUACAGACAGCAUACCAGCUGCCUGGUUCUUCCCUAAAUAGUGCUUGCAUAAUUUGGAGGUGUGCUUUGGGUCAUUGUCCUGUUGUAGGAGGAAAUUGGCUCCAAUCAAGCGCUGUCCAGAGGGUAUGGCAUGUUGUUGCAAAAUGGAGUGAUAGCCUUCCUUAUUUAAAAUCCCUUUUACCUUGUACAAAUCUCCCACUUUACCAGCACCAAAGCAGCCACAGACCAUCACAUGACCUCCACCAUGCUUGACAGGUUGCGUCAGGACUCUUCCAGAAUCUUUUCACCUAUUCUGCGUCUCACAAAUGUUCUUGUGUGAUCCAAACACCUCAAACCUUGAUUCGUCUGUCCAUAACACUUUUUUCCACUCUUCCUCUGUCCAAUGUUUGUGUUUUUUUGCCCAUAUCAUUCUUUUUUUUUAUUGGCCAGUCUGCCUAGAAGGCCAGCAUCCCGGAGUUGCCCCUUACUGUUGACGUUGACACUGGCAUUUUGCAGGUACCAUUUAAAGAUGCUGCCAGUUGAGGAUGUGUGAUGCGUCUAUUUCUCAAACUAGAGACUCUAAUAUACUUGUCGUCUUGCUGAGUUGUGCACCAGGGCCUACCACUUCUCUUUCUGCUCUGGUUACAGAACGUUUGUGCUGUUCUCUGAAGGGAGUAGUUCACACUGUUGUAGGAAAUUUUCAGUUUCUUCAAAAUUUCUCACAUUGAAUAGCCUUCAUUUCUAAGAACAAGAAUAGACUGGCGAGUUUCACAUGAAAGUUCAAAUUUUCAGGCCAUUUUGAGAGUAUAAUCUAACUCACAAAAGGGAUGCUCCAGAUACUCAACUAGCUCAAAGGAUGGCCAGUUUUAUAGCUUCUCUCACCAGCUAAACAGUUUUCAGCUGUGCUAACAUAAUUGCACAAGGGUUUUUCAAGGGUUUUUCUAAUCAUGUCAUGUCUUCUAAGGCGAUUAGCAAACACAAUGUACCAUUAGAACACUGGAGUGAUAGUGACUGGAAAUGGGCCUCACCUCAUUAACGUAAUGUAAAGAGUGUAUUAAUGAUUAAUUUAAUGUAAUCUUUAUUGAAAAAAACAGUGCUUUUCUUUGAAAAUUAGGAAAUUUCUAAGUGACCCCAAACUUUUGAACGGUAGUGUAUAUAUAUUGAUUUUUUGUUACUAUUUCAAAUGAAUAAAACCUUGUCAUGGUAUUUA